UGUAUAUAAGGAGGUAGGUUGUUUAUAAAAUUCUCCUUAAAAAACGCCCUCCUCUCUUCUUUCAAAACAACGACAUCGGAUCCGAGAGAAAGAGGAAAUGUCGAGCGAUAGUGAGGAUGACGAGCUGUUGCAGAGGGCUCUGCGAGAGCAAGACCGAACUGCUGCGAGGCCACCACCUCCUCCCUUUCUCAACGACGGUAGGAAGAACAAGAAGCCUUCCCGCGGUGGGGCCGACAACGACGAUGAUUCCGAUUUGGAGAUCCUCAGCAUCUCAUCUGGUGACGAGGAUCAGUCUUCCAAGGACAAUGCAGCCAGGAACAAUCGCGGUCGUGGGCCGGCCUCAAGGAAAGGUGGAGGUGGAGAGAGGGACGAUGAUCGUGGUGCGACUGACGAUGAGCCCAGUUGUUGGAAGCGGGUCGAUGAGACUGAGCUUGGUCGCAGAGUACGUGAAAUGCGAGAGACAAGAGUAGCACCAGUUGUCCUAAACUCUGGCAAGAAGGGACCACAGGGAAAAAAGGGGCUUUCCAACUUACAAUCAUUACCUCGAGGCAUGGAAUUCGUUGAUCCACUAGGAUUAGGGAUCAUAAGUAGCAGGUCGUUAAUGUUGAUUACUGAUGCUCCAGACAGCUCUCCAGCUCAUUUUGGGGGCAAGCCUGAUAAAGAUACUCUAGAUGCAAGCAGCCGCGAAAAAUUUAUGUACUUCUCUGACAAAUUUGAUGCAAAGUUAUUCCUGUCCCGGGUACACCAAUACACGUGCACGGCAGAUUUAGAGUAUGGUGCACUCUCUUUGAAGACGGAUCUUGAAGGAAAGACUAAACAAAAAAAGCAAUUAGUAAAAGAAAAUUUUGACUGUUUUGUCUCUUGCAAAACCACAAUUGAUGAUAUCGAGUCAAAACUAAAGAGGAUAGAGGACGAUCCUGAAGGUGCAGGGACUGCUUACUUGCACCAUUCUAUGCACAACAUCAGUUCAUUAGCAAAUAGUGCUUUUGAGCCUCUAUUUGAAAGACAGGUGCAAGCUGAAAAGAUCAGGUCUGUCCAAGGGAUGCUUCAGAGGUUCCGAACACUAUUCAACUUGCCGAGUGCAAUUCGUGGGAGCAUCAGUAAGGGUGAAUUUGAUCUGGCCGUUAGGGAAUACAGGAAAGCAAAGUCUAUUGUUCUUCCUUCUCAUGUGGGAAUAUUAAAACGUGUACUUGAGGAGGCAGAAAAAGUGAUGCAGGCGUUCAAGGGCACACUUUACAAGUCAAUGGAAGAUCCACAGAUAGACCUAGCGGAGCUUGAAAACACUGUCAGGCUCUUGUUGGAGUUGGAACCUGAUUCAGACCCUUUGUGGCACUAUCUAAAUUUACAGAAUUGCAGGAUUCGAGGAAUGCUUGAAAAUUGUACUUUGGAUCACGAAGCACGGUUGGAAGCUUUGCAUAAUGAGAUCCAAGAGAGAGUGCAAUCGGAUGCACGAUGGAGGCAAAUCCAACAAAACUUAAACAAGUCUUCAGAUGUCGAUUAUUCCCUUCUCCUUGGCGAUAGUGAUUUUCCAGUUGAUUCACAACCAACAGAGAUGGGUGAGGAAGUGAAUGCUCUCAGAGAAAGGUACAUUUGCAGGUUAACAGCUGUACUUAUCCAUCAUUUACCGGCAUUCUGGAGAUUGGCCCUUUCUGUAUUCAGUGGGAAGUUCGUGAAGUCUUCCCAAGUUGCUGCUAGCAGUAUGCUUUCUGAUGCAGAACCAAAUGUUAAACCUGUCAUGAGUAAGACUGAUGACAAAAUUAAUGAUGUCAAGUACUCAAGUCAUUCUCUUGAUGAAGUUGCUGAAAUGGUGCAUGGUACUAUAUCUGCAUAUGGGUCUAUGGUCCAUAGCACAUUUUGUGAUCUUGAAGAAUCAAAUACUCUUCAUCCAUACAUGCGUGAUUCCAUAAAGGAAAUAUCCAAAGCAUGCCAGGCCAUGGAAGGGAAAGAGUCUGCUCCUCCGAGUUCUGUCAAAGCCUUGCGUGGGCUUCAUUCGGAAGUCACAAAGAUCUAUAUAUUGAGGCUUUGCUCAUGGAUGCGGGCAACAACUGGGGAGAUAGCUAAGGAUGAAAGUUGGUUUCCAGUACCGACUCUUGAAAGAAAUAAAUCUCUUUACACAAUAUCAUUCUUGCCUCUAGUGUUUCAUGCAAUGAUAGUCUCAGCAAUGGACCAGAUCAAUGUGAUGAUUCAGAAUCUACGAAGCGAAGCCACAAAGUCAGAUGAUAUGUUUUUGCAUGUCCAAGAAAUUCAAGAAUCCGUCAGAAUCGCAUUUUUAAAUUGUUGCCUAGAUUUUGCAGGUUAUCUAGAGCAGAUUGGAAGUGAGCUCUCUGAAACUAGGUUGAACAAAGAAAUGUCAUACUUAGAAAAUGGAUAUAUACAAGGGUCCGAAGGGAAUAGUGUUGAAUCUCCAAGCACUGUUGUUGAUUCACAUCAAAAGAUGUUGAUGGUCUUGAGUAACAUUGGAUAUUGCAAAGAUCAACUUUCAUAUGAGUUGUACAACAAGUACAAAAAUAUUUGGCUGCAGGCUGGGGAACAUGCCGAAGCGGAUUCUGAUAUACAAGAUUUAGUAUCAUCUUAUUCAGCACUUGAAGAGAAGGUCCUUGAGCAAUACACUUACGCAAAGGCAAAGCUGAUUAGAUCUGCUGCUGUAAACUAUCUCCUGGACACUGGCAUUCAAUGGGGAGGGGCACCUGCUGUCAAAGGUGUUCGAGAUGCAACUGUGGACUUAGUUCACACUCUCGUGGCCGUGCAUGCAGAGGUCUUUGCUGGUGCUAAGCCCCUUCUGGAGAAGACAUUGGGUAUUCUAGUGGAGGGCUUGUUUGAUACUUUUAUCAGCCUGUUCCAUGAAAAGAAAGCUACAGAUCUAAAGUCACUGGAUGGAAAUGGUUACUGCCAACUCAUGCUUGAGCUUGAAUAUUUCGAAACCAUACUGAACACAUAUUUCACACCUUAUGCACGUGAAGCUCUGAAGACUUUACAAGAACUAUUGUUAGAGAAAGCAUCUGAAUGUGUGACUGAGUCUGUCGACAAUCCAAGUCAUCUCCGCCGUCCAACUCGUGGGGCUGAAGACAUCGUUGCAGAUGACAGGCAACAAGGAAUGGCUGCCUCGCCUGAUGACUUAAUUGCACUUGCACAGCAGUAUAGCAGUGAACUGCUUCAAGCAGAACUCGAGAGGACCCGCGUGAACAUUGCUUGUUUCAUGGAACCAUUAGAAGUUCCUGAAAAUAUGAAAGCUGCUUACUCUUCAUUCCAAGGUUCAAUGGAUUCUUCGAGCAGGCAUCAGGACUCAGGAGCCAGAGCCAACCAGAUCUCCAUCCCGUCAAAGGCGCAGAUGACUGAGUAAUUUAAUUUCUUCAUUUGAUUUUUUUUUCCUUUCCUUUUCUGUGAUGUGAGCAUUUUGAAUUAAAAAAAUUUGUUCAUUCAAAUUUUGUAUGCAUUCUUUCUGAUGUGGUUGUAUGGCAUGUAUAAUCUUUUUCUCACAUUUUUUUUUCCCACAACUAUUUCUUAACCUGACUACUAUGAUUCAGUCUAAUAAUAAUAAAAGAAAAUUU